UGACUUCACACUUUGUUGCUCUUUCUUCGGCAAUUUCCAAUUCCAACAACAAACAAAAUUAUUAAUUUUACUAGAAUGCCGAACGUUCCAUUGAUAGAAUCAGCUGAGGCUUAUAAAGCACAGUUCAAUUCUGGAACCAAUCAUGUCGUACUUUAUGGCGCAGAGUGGGCUGAUCAAUGUUCACAGAUCUUGGCAAUUAUGGAGCAACUUGCUAAACAAGAUGCCUAUAAGUCUGUUAAGUUUUUGAAUGUUGCUGUUGAAGAAUUACCAGAAAUUGCACAACAACAUGAGAUUGAAGCGGUUCCAACUGUAAUCUGCUUCCAAAAUCAAAAAGCUAUUCACAGAAUCGACGGAAUUGACAUUGCUGAUUUAACAAAUGCAUGCAAGACAUUGGCUGGAGUUUCUAACACAGAAGAGACUAAGAGUGGAUCACUUGAAGACCGUUUAAAGGCACUCAUCAAUAAGGCACGCGUUAUGAUUUUCAUGAAAGGAAAUAGGGAAGCUCCAAAAUGCGGAUUUUCAAGAACUCUAAUACAGAUCAUGAACGACACAAAAGUAGAUUACGAGACAUUCGAUAUUUUGCAAGAUGAAGAAGUCCGACAAGGACUCAAAACAUUCAGUGAUUGGCCAACGUACCCUCAAGUUUAUGUCGAUGGAGAGCUUCAAGGUGGUUUGGAUAUUAUCAAGGAAAUGCAAGCUAGUGGUGAAUUGUUGAAAGUUCUUAAUCCAGAAACCAAGUAGACACAAAAGUAAAGACCUGCAAAGACCUCAAAAAUAUGCAUUUCUGAACCUCCCAAAAUUAAAUAAAAAGGCUUAAAAUUUUGCGUUUUUCAUAAUUUAUUAAUAUUAUUAAUGUUUCUUUGAUCAGUGAUUUUUAAAAAUGAAAAGGGGAUUUAUUAAAGGUAUAUCAAAGACAAUGCAUCAAUAAAUGGAGGAGAAAUAAUUAAAAUACAUUAAUAAAAAUAGAAAAUGAAGAGAAAAUUGCUUGCAAUUGAUUAUUUUAA